AUGUCCAAAGUCAUUCUCAUCCUGGGCGGAGCCGGGGCCCAAAACUCUGCUGUGGCCCGCGAGCUGUCCAAGAACGAAUCCUUCCAAGUCAGGCUCCUUACCAGAGACGCCAAGUCAGAGGACAACGUUGCUCUUGCAAGCCAUCCUCGCAUCACAGUGAUCGAAGGAAACUGCUAUGACGAGGACACUCUCGUCUCAGUCUUUGAAGGCAUCAACGCCGUCUUCGUAAACACCAAUGGGUUCGCCGUGGGUGAAAAGGCAGAAAUCUUCUGGGGCAUUCGCAUGUAUGAGAUUGCCUACUGGGCCGGCGUCGAACACUUCAUCUACAGCUCUCUGCCGUAUGUGUCGAAGAAGUCUGGCUUCAACCCCAAGUAUCGCGUUCCAUUUGUCGAUGGCAAGGCCAAGGUUGUCGACUAUCUGAAGGCUCAGCCCACCGACCAGAUGAACUGGAGCGUGAUCGAAAGCGGCCCCUAUCCCGAGGCUCACCUUGCCACAUGGGCCCCCAAGAAAGAUGACGAUGGUGUCUACGUCUUCCGCAUGCCGAUCAAGUCUGAUGGCGCCAUGGCAAUGGUGGGACUGGCCGACUUUGCAUGGUUCGCCCGCUACAUGUUCGAGCACCCCAAGGAGUUCGAAGCCGACCUGCUCAGCGUGGGUAUUGAUCAUAUAAGUGGAAACACCAUCGCCGAAGCAUUCACCGCAGUCACGGGGGAGCCCGCUCGGUUCAACCCGCUCCCGCUCUCAGAGGUCGCCAAGACGUGGCCUGAUACCAAAAUUGGCCUGGCUGGAUCUCCAGGUUACAACGACCCGACGCUCAAGACAAUGGCUGGCCACUUUGUCCCCUGGUUCACCAUUUGGCAGGAGAGCGGCGGCAACAAGGGCCUUUGGACGAAGGACUAUGCUCGGUUGGACAAGAUUCAUCCUGGCCGUAUGAAGACUAUUGAAGAAUGGAUGCGGUCUGUUGGCUACUCUACUGAAGGCUACCCAAGUGCUCUCAAGACUGGUGUUUUCAGCUAG